GAAUGUUCAACUCUGCUGUGAUCACGACUUUUUAUUGCCACAACAUUUUUCUCCGUCUGGCCCUUUAACCACUGUUGGAGGAACGGAUCUGCUGUUGGACAGACACUGCUCAUCUGCUGCGACAAGCUAGUGCUAACUUUAGUCACUGGGGCUUUAUCCAGUUGUCUUUGUGUUGUUUGGGACUGCACAAUACCCACCUAUCGACCCAGAAAAUGAGCUCACAAAUCCGGCAGAACUUCCAUCAGGAGUGUGAGGCUGCUAUUAAUAGACAGAUAAACCUGGAGCUGUAUGCUUCUUAUGUUUAUCUCUCUAUGGCAUACUACUUUGAGAGAGAUGAUAAAUCUCUACCAAAUUUUGCAAAGUUCUUCAGCAAACAGUCCAAAGAGGAACGAGAACACGCAGAGAAACUGAUGAAUCUGCAAAACAAGAGAGGAGGCCGGAUUUUUCUGCAGGACAUCAGGAAACCUGACCGGGAUGAAUGGGGCAGUGGCCUGGAGGCCCUGGAGUGUGCAUUACAGCUGGAGAAAAGUGUAAAUCAAUCCCUCCUAGACCUGCAGAAAAUGGCGUCUGAACACAAUGAUCCUCAUUUGUGUGACUUCAUUGAGACACACUUUCUGGAUGAGCAGGUGACAUCUAUCAAGCAGCUGGCCGACUGGAUCUCCAACCUCCGCCACAUGGGGUCACCUCAGAACGGGAUGGCUGAGUACCUCUUUGACAAACACACCAUGGCUGAGGAGAGCAGUUAAACCAAAGAUGGAUUAUGAAAAAGACGGUCCACCGAAGAGUCAUUUCCUGUUUCUAUAUCACAUUGAUUACUCCGGUCUCCUGCCCUUUUAGGAGACCAACAGCUGAUUCUGUCUCAUUCAUUUUAAUGGAGAAAGUGAACGUGUUCACAGAUUAUGACCGAUUCUUUCACUCAGUCUGCAAAGUAAACACUGGAGACAUUGUUCAUAAUCCACAUAUCUACUGGAUACUAAAUUUUUCAUACACAGAUCUGGUGUUUCUAUGUAUCAGCAACACACUUGCAAUAUCUAGUAACACAAAUCUCAUCUAAAGGAGGUAAAAACAAAGAUAGACUGAGGAGGAUAAAGUAAAUGAAAGUUGUGAUAAAAUGUUAGUAACCUGUAUAAAACUUUAAUGUGCUGCUAUUAUAUUGAGACCUUAUUGCUUUCACCCGUCCACACUUUUCUGAUCUCAUAGACUUUGGAGACAGGAAGUGCACUGUUUGAUACCAUUAGUAGAGACUAUGUUACACCAUCUCUGCAUAGAGACCCUUUGGUUAAACUACGUUAUGACACUAUUUGUCAUCUCUCGGUCUCUCCUGUUGCUACAUUAUUUAUGUCUGUUGGCUGUAAGUUACCUGCAGGAUUUGCGAUGGCCAUCGUAAACUCUGUGUACCAAUUUACUCCACAUGUUGAAUUACAAAUUUCAGUUGAUCUGGAAGAUGUUUUGCGAAAAUAAAGAUGUUACAGCUAUAACAUUCAA